AUGUACCCUUUCCUGCACCUUAUGCCCGACGGCUUGCUCUUCAUUUUUUCAGAUACUUCUUCAGAGAUCUUUGAUGUGGCUGCCAACGAAACUGUCAAGAAGAUGCCCGGAAUGCCCGGAAUGCACAGGACCUAUCCAAACACAGGUGGGAGCGUCAUGUUACCAUUACAAGCAGCGAACAACUAUGAGCCUGAAAUCAUGAUUUGUGGUGGAGGACAAACACAAGCAAUUGACAGCAUGUGUGAAUCAAGCUGCGGAAGGUUGAAACCGAUGAGUCAGGAUCCAGUGUGGCAAAUGACCGGGAUGCUAGGGGCCCGAGGUAUGGUAGAAGGGGUCUUACUUCUUGAUGGUACUGUGCUCUGGAUCAACGGCUGCCACACAGGUGCCCAAGGGUUUGGACUGGCCACGAAUCCGGCCUUGGAAGCCCUAGUCUAUGAUCCGAGAUCGAAUACGUGGACCGUAUCUGGAAGGACAACAAUUGCCAGGCUGUAUCACUCUGUCGCCUUACUACUCCUGGAUGGAACAGUCCUCAUUGCGGGAAGUAAUCCAAAUGAAAUGCCGGUCACUCUGCAACAUGUCGAGAUCCACAAUCAAUAUAGAGCCUUUCCCACCGAAUUUAGGAUUGAGAUUUGGACCCCGCCAUAUUUGCGUGGCAUCAAGGCAUCUCGAAGGCCCAGAGACAUCGGCCUUUCAACCUACACCCUGGCGGCUGGGACAAGAUUCAACGUCGAAUUCAACAUUGACGAACAAGUUAGGACCCUGGACCUUGUUCUCUACAGUGGGGGAUUCGUCACGCACUCGGUUCACAUGGGUCAGGUGAUGUUGAUCCUCGAGAAGAAUGGUUGUGAAACUCUGAGUAACGGUCGAAGAAGGGUUGAGGCAUCCAUGCCAGAAGGGAUCCAACUCGCCCCUGGACCGUACGUGGUGUAUGUGCUUGCCAAUGGCAUUCCCGGAGUCGGGCAAUUUGUCACUUUGCGCGUUUGA